UUCAAGCCACAACCACCAAACGGUAGCAAAUGUACCUCAAAGUCUGUUCAAGAACGUUUUGUGGAAACGUGUCGUUCAGUACAAACCGUUCCGCAACGUAGCAAACGUUCAAGCGAACUGAACGCACAGGUCUAGUGUACCGCGGUCCCGCGCACCGUGUAGACAGCCAGCUCGAGCCUACCGGAACGGUGUAACGUUCUGAACGGUAAAGAUGGCAGAACGACAGCAGAAACAUGAAGGCGGCCGAGUGAAGAUCGGACAUUACCUCCUAGGAGACACUCUGGGCGUCGGCACCUUCGGCAAAGUAAAGAUUGGAGAGCACCAGUUGACAGGUCAUAAGGUGGCAGUGAAGAUCCUGAACAGACAGAAGAUCAGGAGUCUGGACGUGGUGGGCAAGAUCAAACGAGAGAUACAGAACCUCAAACUCUUCAGACACCCUCACAUCAUCAAACUGUACCAGGUGAUCAGUACUCCUACAGAUUUCUUCAUGGUGAUGGAGUAUGUCUCAGGAGGAGAGCUGUUUGACUACAUCUGCAAACACGGACGGGUAGAAGACAAAGAGGCUCGUCGGUUGUUCCAGCAGAUUAUCUCCGGUGUAGACUACUGCCACAGACACAUGGUGGUGCACAGAGACCUCAAACCUGAGAAUGUACUGCUGGACCAUUCCAAGAACGCCAAAAUAGCUGACUUCGGGUUGUCAAACAUGAUGUCAGACGGYGAGUUCCUGAGGACCAGCUGUGGAUCUCCCAACUACGCGGCUCCUGAAGUCAUCUCCGGAAGGUUAUACGCUGGUCCUGAGGUGGACAUAUGGAGCAGUGGGGUGAUCCUGUAUGCGUUGCUGUGUGGGACUCUGCCCUUUGAUGACGAACACGUUCCCACGCUGUUUAAGAAGAUCAGAGGGGGUGUCUUCUAUAUGCCAGAAUACCUCACUCGCCCCGUCGCUUCCCUGCUGCUGCUCAUGCUGCAGGUCGACCCGCUCAAGAGGGCUACCAUUAAAGACAUUAGGGAACAUGAGUGGUUUAAGCAGGACCUGCCAGGCUACCUGUUUCCUGAGGACCCUUCCUAUGACUCCACCAUACUGGAUGAGGAGGCAGUCCGAGAGGUGUGUGACAAGUUUGAGAGCACCGAGUCUGAGGUGAUGUCCAGCCUGUACAGCGGAGACCCUCAGGACCAGCUAGCAGUAGCGUACCAUCUGAUCAUAGACAACCGGCGCAUCAUGACCCAGGCCAGUGAGUUCUACCUGGCCUCCAGCCCUCCCCAGGGCUCCUUCAUGGAGGAUGGCAUGUCACUGCCCCCCGGGGUCAAACCACACCCAGAGAGGAUGCCCCCCCUGCUGGUAGACAGCCCCAAGUCUCGCUGCCCGCUGGAUGCCCUGAACACCACCAGAGCCAAACCCCUGGCAGUGAAGAAAGCCAAGUGGCAUCUGGGCAUCAGGAGUCAGAGCAGACCCUAUGACAUCAUGGCUGAGGUCUACAGGGCUAUGAGACAGCUACAGUAUGACUGGAAGGUGGUGAACCCGUACCACCUGCGUGUUCGGAGGAAGAACCCAGUAACAGGCAACCUGGUGAAGAUGUGUCUCCAGCUGUACCAAGUAGACAACAGAUCCUACCUGCUGGACUUCAAAAGCAUCGACGAUGACAUCAUGGACGCAGUAGGGUUUAAGUCGGGCUCUUCCACCCCCCAGAGGUCAGGCUCCACUGCAGGGCUCCACAGACCCAGACUCAGUGUGGACUCAGCCUGUCCUGCCGUGGAUCUCCCCAAGCUCAGCUCCUCUCUGCCUGGGUCGCUGUGCUCCAGCGCUGCCCUCCUCACCUCCACCCCCACCCCGCGCCAGGGCAGCCACACUAUGGACUUCUUUGAGAUGUGUGCCAGUCUCAUCACCACGCUGGCCCGCUAGAGAGGGUAAACCCCCGCUGGGUAACUAGGGGCCUGGAGUUUUUCCUGGUCAAUGUCAUAUAGUCUGGAAAACUCCAGGUCCCGCCUGCAUAACCAUCUGAAACAGAACACUGCCCUGAGCCUAUUUAGACAGUUUUAUAUUGUGUGUGAUCCUGACCUAAUUUUGCAGAACACUGACUACUGCAGGGCAGACAUGCCUCUAACCACAGAUCUAGGGUCAGUUGUUCCCUCCUGGUGUUGUAGGUUUGGGCUAGGCAAGAUAAACUGAUCGUAGAUCUCUGAUUAGGCUUCCUGUCUGUCUAGAGCAGGGAUGGGCAACUUUGAUGGGGGUAGGGGCCACAAAAAAUCAGAACUCAUCAUUAGGGGGUGCGGUGGCUCGCGUGACUGCUUACCCACAUCCAUACACACACAUGCAGUCAGCGUUUUGGAGGCCCUAAGCAAGAUUUGGCGAUUUAUAAACAUUUUAGUUUAGUCUUGACAGCGGAAGGAAUUGAUCUGCGGGCCUACAAAAGUGGCCAUGCGACCCGCGGGCCACCAGUUGCCCAUCCCUGGUCUAGAGCCAGUCUGCCAGAGCCAGUCUGGCCGUGGGAAKGGUUAGAGGUCUCACUUGUUGGGGCAAAGUUGUGUUAAGUCAAAUCUACUGUAGCUCUCAUAUGGCGCGUUCACGUGCUAGUCGAAAGUAGGAAACUGACAUUUCUAACUGGUUGCAGUUAUGCACGUGUAGCGUUCAACCAGUUAGCAUGUCGGACAUUUCUGAGUUUCCUAGUUCUGACUAGCAUGUAAAUGCGGCAAUAAUGUUUGUUUACAGAUAAGCGACGCCUCCCUGACUACUCUCAACCUCCAAUCAGCUCCAGAAUAGCCGUCACUGUAGAACAAACACACUGAGCAUUUUAUAUAUGGUUUUAUAUGGUUUUUGUAUUUUGUUAUCCAUAUUUAUCAUAUAUAUUUAUAUUACUAUCACUUUGAGUAGUGUAGUAGCUGUUGAUUGUAACAUACCAGAAAUGAAGUUAAAGAGAGGAUUGUUAUUAUUAUUUAGAUAUCAUAUUCUUAUUUAUUUUAAAGAGGUUGUUUUAUAGGCUCUGUGUGGUACUGAGUAUUGAAGCACUGCUGAUGUUUGAGAAUUAUAUACGGACUUAAGAGAUUUUAGGUGAUGAGAGGUUGUAGAGAGAGGGAGAGUGGAGGCUAACUGACUGGCAAUAUUGUUCUGUGGAUUAGUUAGUAUUGAUGCUAACUGACGGAGGAGGAGGGAGGGAAGUGUAUCUGUAGUGAACCUUUCUCCAGGUGCCUUAACACGUUGUUUCUAGCUUGGUGGCUGUUUUGUUUGCAGAAACAGAAUGGCAAGCAGACUGUUCUGUGUGUGUGUACACUCCUGUGUGUAGAGGAGAGUACUGACAGACAGGAGCUUGCCAGGGAUUGGUCAGGAGAAGACAUACAGUACUGUAGUUUCUGUGCCAAUGAGAUUAGAGUUCUGACUAAUAUAACUAAAGAUACAGGAGGAGAGGGAACAGAUAUGACAGAACACUGGAACAAAUCUCCCUUUACCAAUUGUCAAAUGGUUUACAGUAUAUAGUCUUCCGGACUCCUGUCUGUGUCUCUUGUUCUGCUGGAGCCAGUGAGGGUUGGGCUCUUGCUGAUCUGAUGCAUGCUAGUGUGUGUGUGUUUCUCUGGUCUGUUCCGGUACCAUGAUGGUGGUCUGUUUGGUUUGUUAUUAAAUGUAGAAUCAUUUGUAUCUCUCUCUCUUUCCUUCCCUCCCUCUGGAGUUAUUGGUUUGUUGUGUAUAUUUGCAGUAGUGUGUGUUGCGCCGAGAGAAUUGUAGACCUCUGUUGGGCCAGUUAAAGAGUCAAAAAAGACACUAAACCUCUCUUCUUUC